ACACACACACUCACUCACUCACAUAGUUACAUACAUACAGUCAAACACACACAUAAAGCACCUAGAACAUCCCACACAGACCAUCUCAAACAUUCCUUUAUCUUCUUUCAAGACCAGUUGCACUGAACGAGGCGAUCUUCUCUUCUGAGGAUUAAUUCCGUUUUUCUUUCUCAUAAUUAGCGUUUCUUCAUCCAUGGAUACUGCUCAAUGGCCACAGGAGAUAGUGGUGAAACCAAUGGAAGAGAUAGUACCAAAUACAUGCCCAAAGCCAUCCUCUUCCUUAGAGAGGAAGGUUAGGCCUCAAAAAGAACAAGCCUUGAACUGUCCAAGGUGCAAUUCAACCAACACCAAGUUUUGCUACUACAACAACUACAGUCUCACACAGCCAAGAUAUUUUUGCAAGACUUGUAGAAGGUAUUGGACUGAAGGUGGUUCUCUUAGAAACAUCCCUGUUGGUGGUGGUUCAAGGAAGAACAAGAGAUCUUCUUCAUCUAAUAAUAAUUCUUCAUCAACAACAUCAACAUCCUCAGCUUCAGCUUCAUUAAAGAAGCUACCUGAUCUGGUCCCACCAACAACUUGUUCACAAUCUUCUAAUUCCCUUCAAAACCCUAAGAUCCAUGAAGCCCAUGACCUCAACCUGUCUUUCCCAUCCACUCAUCAUGAUUUCAAAACCAUCUCUGAACUCAUCCAAGUCCCCAACUUUGAUCACAACAACAACAACAAGAACCACAAUAUGCCUUCUUCUACUUCUUCAAAUUCAUCUCAUCACCUUUCAGCUCUAGAGCUUCUCACUGGGAUCAGUUCAAGGGGAUUUACUUCCUUCAUGCCGAUGCCGGUUUCGGAUCCAAACUCAAUCUACUCAUCUGGAUUUUCCCUGCAGGAAUUCAAACCAACCCUUAAUUUUUCACUGGAUCAUGGGCUUGGAAGCAAUGGUACUGCUGGCUAUGGAAAUCAUCUCCAAGCGGUGCAAGAGACUAGUACUGGGAAGCUUUUGUUUCCAUUUGAGGAUUUGAAACAAGUGUCAAACACAAAUGGUAUUGAUCAGCAAAAUAGAGAGCAAGCAGAUUCAAAUGGGUAUUGGAAUGGAAUGUUUAGUGGUGGAUCAUGUUUGGAUCAUCAUGGUUGGUGGGAAAUUUGAAGCUCAUUUUAGGUUGGCUUCAGAGAAAAGAUGACUUGGGAUACUAUAUAAUGCAUCAUACAAAGCAGAGAGACCAAGAAAAAGCCCAGAUUUUGAAGGGAAACUACAAGAGCCCGGGGCUAGCUUGCACCAUGCCUGCACCAUGCCCUAGACUGCUAUUUAUCAAACUAGUGUAUGUCAAUGGUUGGUCUUGGUGGUACAAAGAAUAAUGUAUAAUGAGGAAUAUUUAUGUGGAUGACACAUUAGUGUAAUUAAUUAUCUUCUUUUUGUUUGACAAACAAAUAUGUUAUUGUUAAUUUUAUCAAAUUAAAUCAAAAUGAGUGGGGGGGUAUUCAA